CCAAGGACAUUUGCCUAGGCCCUCGGGAGAGUGCAUGGGGUUUCCAUGGGCCUCAGGACCCCAUAAGUAACUGAGAGAGGGGGAGGCUUGGCCUUCAAAAGUGGCCUUUUGCCGGGGAAGACCCUCGACCGGCAAGGGGCCGGCCACGAAGCCUUUCCCCCCGGGAAGAAGCCCUUCCCACGGCAUGAGGACCCGGGAGGGUGGCUGGGGGCAACCGAAGGCGACAUUCCCGGUCUCUCCUCAGCGAAGCCGGCCUGGCGGGGAGGGCCUGGCGGCGUCGGCGGGCUCCUCCCAGGCCCCUUCCCCCUCCUCCCGACUGGUCUCCUCCCUCUUCCCCGGUCUCCAUUUUCCAGAGGAUCCGGCGCCGACGGCAGCGCAAGCAGCAGCGGCGGCACCGGCAGCAGCAGCGGAGGCUUCAGCAUCACCGCCGGCGCCCGCCGGGCCUUCCUCGCCCCGCCGCCGCCGCCGCUAUGGCUGCCAACAUGUACCGCGUCGGAGAUUAUGUCUACUUUGAAAACUCUUCAAGUAAUCCAUAUUUGAUAAGGAGAAUAGAAGAACUCAAUAAGACAGCCAAUGGAAACGUAGAAGCAAAAGUGGUGUGUUUCUAUAGACGGAGGGACAUCUCAAGCACAUUAAUUGUACUGGCUGACAAACAUGCAAGAGAAAUGGAAGAAGAGAUGGAAAACCCAGAAAAGAUUGAUUUACCAGAGAAACAGAAACAUCAACUGCGACACCGAGAACUGUUUCUCUCACGUCAAUUGGAAUCCUUACCAGCCACUCAUAUUAGAGGCAAAUGCAGUGUUACACUCUUAAAUGAAACAGAAUCCCUUAAAUCCUAUCUGGAACGUGAGGACUUCUUUUUUUAUUCACUAGUAUAUGAUCCACAGCAGAAGACUCUUCUAGCUGAUAAGGGAGAAAUCAGAGUUGGAAACAAAUACCAGGCUGAUGUAACAGACUUACUGAAAGAAGGUGAAGAUGAUGGCAGAGACCAAUCAAAACUUGAAACAAAAGUUUGGGAAGCAUUUAAUCCACUAAUAGACAAACAGAUAGAUCAGUUCCUUGUAGUAGCACGCUCUGUGGGUACAUUUGCUCGCGCUCUAGACUGCAGCAGUUCUGUUCGGCAGCCAAGCUUACACAUGAGUGCUGCAGCAGCAUCUAGGGAUAUCACACUGUUCCAUGCCAUGGAUACUUUGCACAAAAACAUCUAUGACAUUUCCAAGGCAAUUUCUGCCCUUGUGCCCCAGGGUGGGCCUGUCUUGUGCAGGGAUGAAAUGGAGGAAUGGUCUGCUUCUGAGGCAAAUCUCUUUGAAGAAGCCCUUGAAAAAUAUGGAAAGGAUUUUACUGAUAUUCAGCAAGAUUUUCUUCCAUGGAAGUCCUUAACCAGCAUAAUUGAGUACUACUAUAUGUGGAAAACAACAGAUCGAUAUGUUCAACAGAAAAGGUUGAAAGCUGCAGAAGCAGAAAGCAAGCUAAAGCAAGUAUAUAUUCCUAAUUAUAACAAGCCAAACCCCAACCAGAUCAAUGUCAAUAAUAUCAAGCCGGGAGUGGUAAAUGGUACAGGAGUUCAGGCACAGAACACGGGAACAGGACGAGCCUGCGAAAGCUGCUAUGUGACGCAGUCUCACCAGUGGUAUUCUUGGGGUCCUCCUAACAUGCAGUGUCGUCUGUGUGCAUCUUGCUGGACAUACUGGAAGAAAUAUGGAGGCUUGAAAAUGCCUACACGGCUAGAUGGAGAACGGCCAGGGCCAAAUCGAAACAAUUUGAGUCCUCACAGUGGACCCUUGAGGAACAAUGGGAGCCCCAAGUUUGCCAUGAAAACGCGACAAGCUUUCUAUCUCCAUACUACAAAGCUGACCAGACUCGCCAGACGAUUAUGCAGGGACAUCUUGCGUCCGUGGCACGCGGCACGGCACCCUCAUUUGCCUAUCAACAGUGGAGCAAUCAAAGCUGAAUGUGCAUCUCGUUUACCAGAAGCUUCAGAAGAUUUGUUGCUAUUAAAACAUGUUGUCAGAAAACCUUUAGAAGCAGUACUUCGGUAUCUAGAAUCUCAUCCCUGCUCUCUGAAACCUGAUCCUGCUAAGAGUUUGUCUGGCUCCCUCAACAGUGUGCCUUGUGCUAAGUUUACGCCAGUGAUUAACAAUGGAUCUCCAACAAUAUUGGGGAAAAGAAACUACGAACAACAAAAUGGGAUGGAUGGCCCCGUGAAGAAGCGCCUUUUGAUGCCAAGCAAGGGUCUGCCCAACCACGGACAAACCAGACAAAUGGGACCAAGUCGAAACUUGCUGCUCAAUGGGAAAUCAUACCAAACAAAAGUCCGGUUAAUCCGUGGUGGAACCAUGUUUCCAGUGAAAAGGAAGAGGAUGAACUGGAUUGACGCUCCUGACGAUGUUUUCUACAUGGCCACCGAGGAAACCAGGAAAAUCCGGAAGUUGCUUUCUUUCUCUGAAGCGAAACAAGCUGCAAGACGGCCUUACAAGCCUAUUGUCCUCUGGCCAGUAACAGGUUUACAUCUACAGCAGCCUGUGAAUGAUGAGCCAAUAAUCAUUGAGGACUAAAACGAACCUGACUAGCCCUUGAAACACUGAUGGAGUUGCCAGAGAACUUUUCCCAACUCCCACAUACUGUGCUGUAAGUUCUGUGGCCACAGAAUGGGAAUCCGCUGCUGAUGAAUGAGAAGGAACAAAAGUACUCCAAGACGGGUCCAAGGCGGAAGUUGGGCCUGCUCUGGUUCUUGAUGGCCACAGAUGACACACACCUCCUCUUUCCCCUUUAGCAGAUUUUCUUUUGCUUGUAGUUUAUUCUGCUCUUUUUGUAAGCAAGUGGGAAGCAAUGUAAAUGUAACUUAUUGGAGACACGGAUAUUCCGCCUGUUCUGUUUUUCUCUUUUCGUAAAGCAAGACCCUCCAUUUUAUGAGACUGUUGUGUCGUGUUCGUGUGUUUCUGUCAACAGUACCAUUUUGUGUUUAUUCCUUUGUAGAUAAAAGUGCCAAUGUGUGUCUGUUACACCUGGAAAUAUAGGAUUUAGAAACCA